AUGGCAAGGCAUGCCAUCUCCUCUGUAGAAUUAGAGCACAAAGCUUACCGGGCCAUUAAGCAGUUGAACUAUGACAUCAAAUCUGCGGCCGAGAAACGGGUUCUCUCGCUCCAUCAUCUUGAGGAAAUACGCCUUGAUGCGUAUGAAAACGCUAAAAUCUACAAAGAGCGGACGAAGAAAUGGCACGACAAGCACAUCCUCCAGCGAAAGUUGAAAUCCCGGUGGUAUGGCCCGUUCAAGAUCAAAUUUGUAUCGCCAAGCGGUGCCAUCGAACUAUGGGAUCAUUCUGGAAGAUCAUUCAAAGCUAACGCGCAACGUCUGAAGCUCUACAACCCUGCUUUUCCAUCGGACACGGGAGGAGCCAUCGCCCUCUCUGAUCCCGCAAAGCAAUGA